AGUUUAACGGUACGUGGACGGGGACGAUUGUUACCUUCUCGUAGUACAAAAAGUAGUGAAUUGAAGGCUGUGAUAUUUGUGGUUGUGUGAAAAAUAUCCUUCAGGGGAUAUAGUGUCACAGCUGCUAGCUGACUGCAGAAAGCGUCCAUUCUAUUUUCCGAUAAUACUCAUAUAAAACCAAUCGUUAUGCUACGUAAUAGCUACAAUCUGUGCAGCGCAAUGCGCAGCAGGAUUUCGAGUAAUGCCUGGAGGGUAAUGAGUUCUCAUGGACCUCGGCAACCCUUGGUUUCGCCGGAAAAACGUCUGGAGAAAUCACAUCCCACCUUCACCGAUCGCAGUCAGCUAAAAUAUGCGCGUCGAUUGGUCGUAAAAUUGGGAAGUGCGGUCAUAACGCGUGAGGAUAAUCAUGGGUUGGCAUUGGGUCGUUUGGCUUCGAUUGUAGAGCAGGUUGCCGAGUGCCACUUGGAAGGGCGAGAAGUCAUGAUGGUCACUAGCGGUGCGGUUGCUUUUGGAAAACAGAAGCUGGCUCAGGAGCUGCUCAUGUCCCUAUCCAUGCGUGAAACUUUGUCCCCUAAGGAUACCAAGGAGUUCGAUGGCGCUACUUUGGAACCGCGUGCUGCUGCCGCCGUUGGCCAAUCGGGACUCAUGUCGCUGUACGAUGCCAUGUUUGCGCAAUACGGUGUCAAGAUUGCACAGGUGCUAGUGACGAAACCGGAUUUCUACAACGAGGAAACACGUAACAAUCUCUUCUGCACGCUCUCCGAAUUAAUUAGUCUAAAUAUUGUGCCAAUCAUAAAUACGAACGACGCCGUUUCCCCGCCCAUGUUUAUACGUGACGAUGAAGUCCCCUCUGGAGUUGGCGGCGGCAGAAAGGGCAUUCCGAUCAAGGACAACGACAGUUUGUCCGCUAUGCUGGCCGCUGAAGUGCAAGCCGAUUUGCUAAUACUCAUGUCCGAUGUCGAUGGCAUUUACAACAAACCGCCGUGGGAGGAUGGGGCCAAGUUGAUGCACACGUACACCAGCGACGACAGUCGCAGCAUCCAGUUUGGUCAAAAGUCAAAGGUCGGCACCGGCGGAAUGGACUCAAAGGUAAAGGCAGCUACUUGGGCCUUGGAUCGCGGAGUCAGCGUUGUUAUAUGCAAUGGCAUGCAGGAAAAGGCCAUUAAGACCAUAAUUGGCGGCAGAAAAGUUGGAACAUUCUUUACAGAAGGCACUGAGAACACUAAUACAGUGUCCGUUGAAGUGAUGGCGGAGAAUGCCCGCACCGGCAGUCGUCAGAUGCAAGCCCUUAGUGCCGCACAACGUGCCAGCGCCGUCGACACUUUGGCUGAGUUGCUGGUAAGCCGCGAGAAGUUCAUUUUGGACGCAAAUGCAAAGGAUUUAGCCGAGGCGCAAAAGAAUGGCUUGGCGAAGCCUUUGCUCUCCCGCCUGUCGCUUAACUCGGCUAAGCUAAAAAACUUGUCAACUGGACUUAAGCAAAUCGCCGAAGACAGUCAUAAGAAUGUGGGCCGUGUUCUCCGUCGCACGCGGUUGGCAGACCAACUAGAGCUGCAGCAAGUGACUGUGCCCAUUGGAGUGUUGCUCGUCAUCUUUGAGUCCCGCCCGGACUCGUUGCCUCAAGUAGCUGCCCUCGCCAUGGCCUCUGCCAACGGCCUGCUACUUAAGGGCGGCAAGGAAGCGGCGCACAGCAAUAAGGCGUUAAUGGAGCUGGUCAAGGAGGCCCUGGCCAGCGUGGGUGCCGAGCAUGCCGUGUCAUUGGUAUCAACGAGAGAGGAAAUCAGUGAUCUGCUGUCGAUGGAGAACCACAUCGAUCUGAUCAUACCACGCGGCUCCUCGGAGCUUGUGCGCAACAUACAGCAGCAGUCGCUACACAUUCCCGUACUUGGGCAUGCAGAAGGAGUGUGCCAUGUCUAUAUCGACAAGGAUGCGGACCUGGGCAAGGCCUUGCAUAUAACGCGCGACGCCAAAUGUGAUUAUCCGGCAGCUUGCAAUGCGAUGGAAACGCUGCUCAUACACGAGGAUCUAAUGAGUGGGGACAUUUUCACCGAUGUCUGCAACAUGCUGAAGCGGGAGGGCGUCAAGAUAUAUGCUGGCCCUCGUCUGAAUCAGCAACUGACAUUCGGUCCGCCCGCAGCCAAGAGCCUGAAGCACGAGUACGGCGCUCUAGAGUGCUGCAUCGAAAUUGUGCCCAGCCUGGAGGAGGCCAUUAAUCAUAUACAUACCUAUGGCAGCUCUCAUACGGAUGUUAUUGUAACGGAAAAUGAUGCCACGGCCAAGACCUUCCUAAGCUCGGUGGAUAGUGCCUGCGUGUUCCACAACGCCAGUUCGCGCUUCGCCGACGGCUUCCGCUUCGGCCUUGGCGCAGAGGUGGGCAUCUCGACAGCGCGGAUACAUGCACGUGGACCGGUGGGCGUUGAGGGUUUGCUGACUACCAAAUGGAUACUGCGCGGCCAGGAUCAUGCCGCGGCCGACUUCGCCGAUGGCGGCCAGCGUACGUGGCUGCAUGAGUCGCUUCCCGUGGACUAGUUUAAGUUAGAAAGUUGAUGCAGUUGCAAAUUAUGUAGCGUAGAAUGUUUUUUUAUUUUUCACUCAUACAAAGUUGUAUGCGUUAACUAGAUGUUUGCAAACUGUCAGCCCAAAAGUACUUGGAGCAGCUCUUCCUCUAGAAAAUAUUAGAUGUGCACGUGUAUGUACAUACUAUAUGUGUAUAUUAAAAACUACAAAUGUUCAGGAACCGCUGAAAAUGAAAAGUGGAAUUAGCUGUAUUGCAUAAGAAAUAAAAAGUAACAGAAACAA